AUGGCAAAAGAGCACAUCGACGAGCCAACAAACCUUUCCUUGAGUGGUGCUAUUUAUGUGCCAAAUGGUUUAAGACUGAGGAAGCUUGGAGGAGCAUUGUCGCUUCCAUCUAGACCAACUUCAACCGCGUUGCGGUCUGUUAAGGUUUCGCUAUACACUGGUAGCUCCUGGGUUUUGCCCUUUUGCCUAGGCGACAAGAGCCAGGAACCCGAGCAACGAUUCCAACAAUGGAGAGAGAAAGCUACCCUGAUAAACCAUAUCGAUAACAAACAUUUGGCGGAGAUCGACAAGAAAGGCCCUAUUCAGUGCCCUCAUCCUUGUUGUGAGAAUAGAGUCUACAGCACCACCAUGGACCUUCGACGCCACUUUUAUAAUGUUCAUUCUAUUGAGGAGCCACGUCGCAACUGUGUAUCAAGGAAAAGAAAAUGGGUCCAUGAGGACGAUACUAUGGAGUAUCCAGCGCCGAAAAAGGAACGGUCGAACCAGGAGCUUCUGUACCCUGCUACUGUGCAAGAUGUCUCACAGGCAGAGCCUAUGGUUGAUAAAAAAGAUAGUAUUUGA